AUGGACUCCAUUGUCAAUUGGAAGAACCGCGACACGCCAGUGGUGAACACGAGGGGUGACGUUCUUUUUAACUCGUGGGCAGAAAUGUUCGAUGGCUCUGGAGCAUUGUUCGCUCAUGCCCCAAGAAUCUUUAGUUUUAGCGGCCAAAAUGUACUCAUGGAUCCAGCGUGGCCAACUAAAGCCGUAUGGCACGGAGCCAAUCCGAACGGUGAAUCGGCUAUGGACGCAUAUUCAUGCAGUAGUAGAUUGAUCGUGCUCUGCGUAGAAACAGCCCCUGUAAAUACAGUUAGAAGAAAAAAACGAUCCAAGUAUAGAACAGAUUUACUUAAGCCAAUUAAUAAAGAAGAACAACUGAAUGAAACUAGUAAACAGUUAUAG